CGGAGGACAGUGUGGUGUGGAGGAAGCAGCACUAGUCAAGUUUUGAGUGACUCUCAUCAGUGCCAUCUGUACUUGUUAUCUUUCAAAAUACUUCUUUUUCCUGUGCCCUUCAGGAGAUUAUAACAUCCUGCUGUUCAGUCUCGGAGGACUUUGCUGAGUGUUCUUCCUCCAUAAGCAGUGAUUCCAGCAUCUCUGACCUCAAGAUCCGGACUUGGUGGAGAACUUCAGCAAGGUUCAGCCACACCUGGAGAUGGAGAGUGAGUACAAGAAGAUUAUUCUGCUGAAAGGACUGGAGCCCAGCAACGACUACCAGUUUAGCAUAAUCAAGUCCCUACUGGCCCGCGAUUUGGGACUGACUGCAAACAUGCAAAAAGAAUAUAACAAGGUCAAGAUUGCCGACCUGAUGGAAAAGAAGUUCCCAGGGGUUGCCUGCGUGAACAAGCUAAUAGACCUGUUCAAGGAAAUGCAAGAAUGUGAAGACAUUGUUAUAAAUCUUCGAAAUGGAAAGAGAAAAGUUAUGAGGCAAAGCAGAGGAAAAGAAACAAUACCUAUGAAGAAAAUAAAGCCGGGUGCAUCUAGCACUGAGGAAUCCACAUCUACCGCAGACGGGGCUUCAGGAUCAGUCCAUGAUACACCUGAGUCCAAGAAACAGAAAAGCAAAACCACACCAAAAGGUGGAAAGAAGAAUGUGCAGCCAACCCAGCAACAGAGUCAGCUUCCAGAACCUUCUGCAACAAGUACCCAGUCAGCUGGGAGCUCCCUUCAGGGUCCUCAGCAGCCUCCAGCAACCCCAUGCAGCAGUGGCUCCACCAAGAAAAAGAAUAUGAAAACCACAAAAAAAGAUGAAUCUGGGAGGAUGCAGCCACCGCAGGAACAGAGUCAGCUUCCAGAACCUUCUGCAACCAGUACCCAGUCACCUGGGAACUCCCUCCAGGCUCCUCAGCAGCCUCCAGCAACCCCAUGCAGCAGUGGCUCCACCAAGAACGGCAGAGGCGCCGAUGAGCUGAAGGACGCUUUCAAGAGGAUGAACAUAUCCUUGGAGCCCGCGCAGCCGCCCAGGCCGCCCCAGAGCAGCGGGUGCACAGCCCAGCCCUGCGUCCCCAGCUCACACCCGCCCGCGGCAGCUCCCGCCAGCCUCGCCUCGGUCAAGAAACCAAGAUUGAAGGCUAUACCUAGAGAAGCUGCCAGAGAAGAGGGUUUCCAGAAGGGCCCCAAGAAAGUGAUGGUGCUGAAAGCAACAGAGCCGUUUGUAUAUGAUACCGUGGAGCCGGGGAAAAAGAUGUUCCAUGCCACUGUAGCUACUGAGAGCCAAUUCUUCCAAGUGAAGGUUUUCCAGGUCAACCUGAAGGAAAAGUUCGUCUCAAAGAACAUCAUCACCAUAUCAGAUUAUGUUGGUCGCAAUGGGUUUCUGGAGGUGUACAAUGCCUCUUCUGUGUCUGAUGUCAGCGCUGACCAAAAGAUGGAGGUCUCAAGCGGACUGAUCCAAAAGGCAAAUGCAACUCCAAAAAUCAGUGAUCUUUACUUGCAAAAGCCAGGAACGUUUGUGAAUGGGAUAUAUGAGGUGCACAAGAAAAACGUGUUAAAUGAACAAAUCAUUUCGUAUGAGAUACAAGAUAAUACAGGGAAGAUGGAGGUCUGGGUGUUUGGACGACUGACCAAAGUCGACUGUGAGGAAGGCGAUAAACUCAGACUUACCUGCUUUGAACUAAGUGACAAUGUGAAGAAGCUGAGAUCUGUAAUUCACAGUUUCAUGAAGGUCAUCAAGUCCAGGAAGAACAAGAAACAACCACUCAAUCCUGAUUCACAUAUGGAAACCUCACCAUGAUGUCCUUCUAAGAACCUGGAUGCCAUCAACAAUGAUCUCUAUGGAGAUAAAAUCUAAGUACAGAGGAAAAAAAUAUAUAUAUAUGUAUGAGAGAAAUUCAGCGAUAGAUAUACCAUCUAUCAAUUCUAAGGAAUAGAGUGGUCAUGGGUAGCUUUUAUUUUCUUUUUUAUACUUUCCUGUGCUAUCCUAAUACCAUAUUUUGCAUGUAUCAUUUUCAUAAUUUGGAAAAAAAUUAAUAAACAUUUUUUCCUAAAAGAGUGCUAUAACAGGAGUCUAAUUCAUUGGUGUGUUGCUUAAAAGCGAACCAUUUGUGGGCUGCAGAUCAGGGUCGGGUACACAGGCUCCAAAGCAAUAUGUGCACUUAGACUUUGGGGGUGAUCCUGACAAGGUGAGCCUGGCGUCAAGAAUAGGCAUGUUGAACAGACUGUGCCCCGCUCCGAGAAACCCAGCUGAGG